AUGCAUUGCACGAGUAUGACUACUGCUCUGAAUGAAAACUGCAUGAAAGCGAUUAUGAAGGACUUGGAUCCCGGCUUGAGACUCCACCUCUCCCGCACCUGUCCCUCUCUCCGUCAACUCGACCAAGAAAUCCCUCUGAAAAUCCAGAAUCUCCAUAUUUCCACCUCUCGUCUCCAUAUAAACACGACCACCUUCAAACUUGGCAUAGUACGUCACUAUCCCGAUGUGGACACUCCGGAAUUUGUGAAAAAAGAGAAUUCUGAAGGCGGGACACCAUAUGACGUGGAUAUUUAUGGAUUGAGGAGGAGCUUCAAGGCGGGAACUCCGGAUGUCGAUUAUCAUGAGCAACAACCAGAGGCGGCAUGGAUAAUUGAGAUGGAACGUUUACAGGAGGAGCUGAUGGAACUCGAAUUGUACCGUAACCCGGAUAAAAAGAAGAUCGAAAAUCUACACGGACAACUUGCCCCUUUAUACCAUAAGUAUAAUAACACAACACCUCCAUUCGAUAAUUACCUUCAAUUAAUGGUAAUUAGCAAGUGGUCUCAAAGAAUUGAGAAGAUGUCUUACGGGAAGCUUCUCCACCAAGCGAUGGAGUACCUGGUCUCCAGAAUCUUUGGAAGACGUCGGAUCUUCUUGGAUUCUCUCAAACUACAAGGAGUCCCCCUUCCUUGUGACGUCCACCUGAUACAAGUCAAUGGAACAUGUGUCACACCGGAUGUAUUGGAGCUUAUGUGGUAUCUCCUGCCAAAUUUGGAAUCUUUGGAUUCUCUAAAAGUGUGUGACGAAGAUGACGAAGAGUUUGCUGACACUGACGCCGAGAUGCUAGUUCUCCACAGCUUCCCUGGAAUCCAACACCUGAGAAAACUAAAGAAUAAGGAAGUUUUUGUAAAACAAGACUGUUUUUCUGCCCUGGAUGUGCUGCUGUUGGUGGAGGAUUGGUUGAUGACUGGAAGGGAUCUCGGCACAUGCUUCAAGUUCGAAGUGGAUUCGGAUGAGAUGGAUCAGGUGUUGAGAUGUCUGGAAGAUAUAGAGAAGAUGGAUAAUGCAAGGAGAGCGGUUACUGGAUUUGACUUCUCCCCGAAAUGCGUUGUGAUACCCAUGCCGAACAACACAAUGGAACUGAUGGCAGACUACCAACAAGACUCAAAAGACAACAACUUAUUCAUUUUCACAUUAAAAGUUCAAAAUAUUGGAGAAUGUGUGUCAGUGCCGUGUUUGGCCAUGGAAUGA